AUAGAAGCGCGGCACACCCAAACACGAAGUGUAAUGGAGUGGCACUCAAAAAAAUGACUUCCAGGCUCUGGCAAGGAUUUUAGCCAUAUUCUUUUCCGAGACAUCUAGGCAUCCGCGGUGGAUGCCUAUGUUCCCACACCAGGACCCCUCCAGUGGCUUUCAGGAAAGAGCGGCCCAAGCUGGCGGCGCGUAGUUGAGUUUAUUCGGGCGCGACGUGCUUUAUUGUAGGUCCAUUUGAGCUGGUGGGGGCUAGAGGGGAAACCCUGCUGGGCUCCUGGCGCUGUCCGGGCUGUGGCUUUCGGGAGUCACCCUACGUGAGGCUGUGACCCUCUUUGCCCCCCUCCCGGUUGUCUCCCGCAGCCGGCCGGUUCCCGGAAGCCGCGGCCGCUGAUAACAAAGAGCCUGCCCAGCUGCCUGCUGCCCAGGCCGAGGGACCCACUAGUCAGGUGCAGCGGCCAGGGGUGAGCACGAGGCGAGCCAUGAGUCCGGGUCUGCGGCGGUGAGAGGCGCGGCCGGCGCCGAGGCGGUGGUGGGGGCCCAGAAGCCGGCGCCUCCCUCCCCGCCUCCCUCAGGGCUCCCGAGACAGGUGCUUCUGCCCUCCCGGCCUCUCCUCCUGGGAAAGCGGCUUCAAGACCUUCCCCUGGCGCCACCUGGCCCGCAGCUGCAGCAGACGGCCCGCAGCCCUGGACACCAAGCUCCUGGAUUUCUCUGCGGGACUCGGAGAAUGGAGCCCUCCCUCGGGCUGCCCUAAAGCUUUGUGUGAAGAAGCUAGGGAAACCCGACGGGAGUGAUUUUUGUUUUUAAUAAAGUUUUUGUAAGUCUCCGUUUUUAGAAAAUUUUGCAGAGUUUGCAGUACUCUCUACCUCUUUGCAUCCUUUCUCCUGCUCGUGGAGUCUUGUUCCUUCUCAGCUAUAAACAUUUUUACCAUCAGCGGGGAAGACCAGGGAUGAACAUUUUGUGAUUGAACGUGUAACUGUUAAACCUACGUCGAUAUAGUAGUCAAGAUGGACAAAAAGUCCUUUGAAACGGUGCUGGAUGAAAUCAGAAAGGCUGUUUUGACAGAAUACAAAUUAAAAGCAAUUGAAUAUGUGCAUGGAUACUUCUCUAGUGAACAGGUAGUUGAUUUACUGAGAUAUUUUUCCUGGGCUGAGCCUCAGUUGAAGGCAAUGAAAGCAUUACAGCAUAAAAUGGUGGCAGUUCACCCAGCAGAAGUGGUCAAUAUACUCAACUGUUUCACCUUCAGUAAAGAUAAAUUAGUUGCUCUUGAAUUGUUAGCUUCAAACAUUGUUGAUGCGCAGAAUUCUCGUCCUAUUGAAGAUUUAUUUAGGAUAAAUAUGUCUGAGAAGAAGCGAUGCAAGAGAGUACUUGAACAGGCUUUCAAGGUGGGCUGCAAAGCUCCUCAUGCUAUGAUAUCUUCUUGUGGAACGAUCCCAGGAAAUCCAUAUCCCAAAGGAAAACCUAGUCGCAUAAAUGGAAUAUUCCCAGGAACACCUUUGAAAAAAGAUGGUGAAGAAUGUACCAAUGAAGGCAAAGGAAUAGCUGCGCGAAUUCUGGGACCAUCCAAACCACCUCCUUCAACAUACAAUCCACAUAAACCUGUUCCUUACCCAAUACCUCCAUGCCGACCACAUGCAACUAUUGCACCAAGUGCUUAUAACAAUGCAGGUCUGGUACCGUUAGCCAAUGUCAUAGCUCCAGGCGUGCCCCCUCCACCUCCAUAUACUCCUAAUCCCACAGGACCAGAGAAUGAAGACCUGUCCAGUCAGUCAAAACCUGCACCGAGUCAAACAUUUUCCACCCCUGCAAGUCAACUCUUUUCUCCUCAUGGUUCUAAUCCUUCGACACCUGCUGCAACUCCUGUCCCUACUGCAUCCCCGGUCAAGUCAGUCAAUCACCCGUCAGCAUCAGCAGCUGCCACCAUUUCUGGAAUUAACCUGCCACAUACUGUCCUUCCUGUGUUCCCAGGGCAGGUCUCCUCAGCCGUUCAUACACCUCAGCCAUCAACGCCAAACCCAACAGUUAUCAGAACCCCUUUGUUGCCUGCUGCACCUGUUACUUCUACCCACAGUACAACAUCCGCUCUUGUUCCUUCUAUUUUUUCUGGCCUAGUGCCACUGCCAGGUCCUCCUGCUACUCCUACCCCAGGCCCUCAGGCCACAUCUGCACCUCGGGCCACUCUUACUUCUAGUGAAACAUUUGCUUCUACUUCUGCGCCUUUCACCAGCCUCCCCUUUCCCACCACCUCUACUGCUGCUUCCACCAACAACCAAAAUUCUGCUUCAUUGUCAUCAGGUUUUGCAGGUCUUCCUUUGCCCUUGCCACCAACAUCCCAAAGCGUAGCCAAUCCGACUCCUUCAGUAAUUGCCAGUGGUUCUGCUCCCAGUGUUGCUGGUCCACUUGGUGUAAACAGUCCUCUCUUGUCUGCUUUAAAAGGCUUUCUGACAUCGAACGACACCAAUUUAAUCAACUCCUCUGCUUUAUCCUCUGCUGUUACUAGUGGGUUGGCUUCAUUAUCUUCUCUAACUAAUCAAAACUCUGAUUCUCCUGCAUCAGCCCCUAACAAGUGCUAUGCCCCAUCGGCCAUUCCCGCCCCACAGAGCUCUUCCACUCCAGGCUUGGCGGUGUUCCCAGGCCUUCCAUCUCCUGCGACUAACUCCACUUCCACACCCCCUACCCUGCCCGUGCAGUCUCCUUUAGCCACGCCUACGUCAUCGUCAACGUCAGUGCCAGUGAGCUGUGGCUCCUCGGCUGUCCUUUUGCAUGGCUCCCACCCAGGUCCCUCAGACCUGCAUAUGUCAGCUACCCCUGCUGUAACGACUCUUCCUGUUAUGAUCAAAACUGAGCCCACGAGUCCUACCCCCUCGGCCUUCAAAGGCCCAUCUCAUUCUGUGAAUCCCUCCCAUGGAAGUUUAGGUUUGCCGGGGACAUUGGGUUGUGCAUAUACUUCAACGUCGGUGCCCAUCAGUUUAUCUACUUGCCUUAAUCCUGCGUUGUCAGGUCUCUCCAGUUUGAGUGCUCCCUUAAAUGGUUCAAAUCCCCUUUCCUCUAUUUCCCUCCCACCACACGCUUCCUCCACGCCUAUUCCUCAAGUAUUCACUGCUCUUCCUCCUUUUACUUCUUUGACCAAUAAUUUUCCUUUGGCUGGCAACCCAUCUCUUAAUCCGCCAGUAUCUCUUCCAGGGUCAUUAAUAGCCACUUCGUCAGCCUCUGCCACCUCCACAUCUGUCUCCCACCCCAGCUCUACGGCAGCCGUUCUCUCAGGGCUCUCUGCCUCAGCACCAGUCUCGGCAGCACCCUUCCCCCUCAAUUUGUCUACUGCCGUCCCCUCACUUUUCUCAGUUACCCAAGGCCCUCUGCCGUCUUCAAAUCCCUCCUACCCUGGCUUUUCUGUCUCCAAUACCCCAAGCGUUACCCCUGCUCUCCCUUCGUUCCCGGGGCUGCAGGCGCCCACGACGGUCGCAGCCGUCACACCACUACCUGUGGCUGCCACAGCCCCAUCCCCGGCCCCUGUCCUCCCAGGAUUUGCCUCAGCAUUCAGUUCCAAUUUCAACUCUGCUCUCGUUGCACAAGCUGGGUUAUCAUCUGGACUUCAAGCUGCAGGCAGUUCUGUUUUUCCAGGUCUUUUGUCUCUCCCAGCUAUCCCUGGGUUUUCCCAGAACGCUUCACAGUCAUCCUUGCAAGAGUUACAGCAUAACGCAGCUACACAGUCAGCACUGUUACAGCAGGUCCAUUCAGCUUCAGCCCUGGAAAGCUAUCCAGCUCAGCCUGAUGGGUUUCCUAGUUAUCCUUCAGCACCAGGAACACCAUUUUCUUUGCAACCAGGCCUGUCCCAAAGCGGAUGGCAGUGAUUAUAUUUUAACCUCUAGUCUCCUUCACAGCAACAUCGGAAUUGCCUAAGGACUCCAGUGAACAAUCUGACAAAUGUGAAGUUGGCCAAAAGUCAGAAAAUGAGAGUAAAGAUAAUCCUGGGGACAUUGUGACAAGAGUUUGAAAAUCAUGAUUGCAUUUUUUUAACCACUUUGGUACCGCGCUCACCGGCCACCAAACCUUGCCCCCGGCCGGCACUCAUAGUCUGCAAGAUAGUUUGUGCUGUGCAUUGACGAAUCCGUUUUGCUCUUGUGUGAUGAGGAAA